GGCAUUUGAAUUGUCUGGAGGUCAGCGCGGAAUCCCCCGAGGCACGAGGUAGAGAGAUACUGCGGAAGAUCUGCUGAUCGUAGUUAUGCUACAACGCAAUUUGGAGGAAAAUUAGCCGUUAGUUAAUUCGUCAAGGGCGAAAUGAAGAGAGGCAUGGCAUUUCGACUAAACGUGAGUGUUGUUCUGCUGACAGUGGUAGCCCUCCUCGUGAGCGGGCAAGAUGUUACCUUGCGCGAUGUUAAGGCUGCAGUAGAUAGCAGUGUGAAGAUUCCAAAGAGCAUUAGUUACCAGAGUAAACUAGAACAGAACUUAAUCCACCACGAUGAGUAUUUUGCUAAUCAUAGAGCCGCGGAGAUGCCGUCGACGGAAGAUUCUCUUGAUGGUACUUCAGAUCACAACGAAUCAGAUUUUCACUCCUUGCCGUGGAAGCCUUCGAAGUUUGACAGAGAUGUAUCAGAUCUUAUUCUUACCGAUGUCAAGUCAAUGCAUGAAAGUGAGGCCACGAGACUGGAAGCUGAACUUCAGAAGGAGAAGAGUAAGCUUCUGGCAAAAAGUGAAUUGGGUGGAGCAGAAACAAUCGGCUUAACUGAUGAUCUUCGGAAUCCCAUCCGACGCACGGACAGUCAUUUAGGCGAAGAAGAGACAACGGUUCAGGAUGAAAGUGAGAAGAUUAAUCAGCGCUGCAAUAAGACGCUGUCAAUGACUUGCCUGGAAGCGGACUUGGAACACUUGAUUGAAAAGGUGUCCAACUUCGAAGUUUACAAUAUCACAGAUUUCAUUCAGAUUGUAAGAAAUCCGAGGUCCGUUAAGAUGAGUGAUGUCCGUGGCAGUGAAAACUCCGUCGUCGACAAGGUGUCACGGUAUGCCAGGCAGCAUGUGUUGAAAUUAAAAAUGCCGUCCGAUGUGUCUUUGGCAAGAGCUUCACGAACGUUUUUUGGUGCUUUUUUUCAGGAAAAGAGUUCGUUUUUAACAGGGUUCGGGCUUGGUUUUUUAGCAUUUGGCCUCAAAAAGCUCAUGAUGCCGCUAUUCAUUGGGAUGCAGAUCGUUAAGAGCGUUCUCAUCGCAAUGUUUUUACCCAGCAUUAUUGGAGCGAUCGGAAAGUUCGUCGGCAAAGGCGUGUCAACCUUCUCGCAGGUAUCACAAACCCCCACAAAUCAACCAGAGGAGAGUUUCGAGUUCAAGGAUAAUGCGGACAUCUACAAUGCUGACUACAUGAACAAUCAGCCGAUAGGAACCUUGCCAGCAUCGGCGAUGUACAGUCAUCCGAGUGUGCUGCAGAGCGAGACCCAAUACAUGGGUCUUCCCGGAGCAAAUCAGAGAAUAUCGUAUGGCAACGCUUUGUCGGAUAAUUACUACUCAAGGAAUUCAAUGCAGGGGACUACCAAGCGGCAAGAUUACAAGGUUUUCCACGAGAUUCCCACAAGUUCUCUUCUACUGACGAACUACGAUCCAUUUUAUUCACCACUUCUGUCAAGGCUGGAUGCCGUCUUCAGUAGAUUGGGACAUUCUACUGAACCGUGUAGAGAAUACGCGAUUUGUGCGAUGUACAGAAGUCCGGCACGGUACGCGCCAUACUCAAAUCUCGUCUCAGCUCAGCUUUCGAAGGAAUUGAACGAGCUGCGGAAACCGUCAUCAGACAACCCGGAUGUCUUAAGGUUCUUCAAAUACAUGAAAGCGGCAAAAGACGGCCAGGAUGGAACUGAGUGUGAAGAAGUUUACAUGGAAUGUGCAAGCCGAGGAAGUUCUUCAGGCCAAAAUCAAGCGAUGCUUGCCACGUAUCAGGACAUAAACAAGCUUGUCCAAGCUCGAAAAAUAUAAACGACUCGCAGUCAUGCGUAGCAAAUAGAAUGUAGACGAUGUAUGUAGAAAGCAGGAAAAAUAUGUGGAACAGGUGUGUUUCAUUGAAUUUAAUUUCAUCCGCGUUUCGUGGUCACACUUUGAGCAGUGCGGUUUACUCAAUGGGUUUACGGAUCUCUCAUAAUCAAAGAAGUCUGAAAGUACAAGAAGCAUUGCGUGUUAGCUUGACGUGUUCGUCACUCACUUCCAUUUCGUCUCUUUCUAUUAGCACGUCGUAGAGCUACUUAACAUGUCAAAAAAAGAAAAUCUGUUGCAGCUUUUACUUACAACUGGAUUAUCGUUUGUUCCAGUAAGUGAAAACGCUAUUUUUCUUUGGCUUUCAUCAAGCUGUGGAGAAUCCUCUGAUUGUACGCGAAAAAUUUGUCAACUCUAAAACUGGAGACGAAAAUCCACAUUGUCAAAUUCUUUGGUUACACUACCAGUAGCAAUCUCGCAUAAACUAUACAAUCAAAUUGCGAUUUUCAUGCCAUUCGAUUAUGUGAACUAUUUUUAAAUUUCCUCGACAAAUUAUCAGUCAGAAAUGAAUAUCUGAGGGCCAUACAAAAUGUGGACAUGGUUCUAGUCAAGAUUCGAGGUAGAGUAUUGCUUCUAAGAGCUCGAUUAUAUUCUUUAAAACAGGAUGAUUUUUCCGUGCAAAACAGAGAAGAAAGUACCGUCAAAAGAAUUUUCG